CACGGUGCAUCGUCUCCGCCUUCGCUUCUGCCGUGCUGGACUGCAGAGACUGAGGUCCGUCUCAUCCACCUGCCUGCUAUUGCAGCACAGCAGUACAGUGAGCGUGUCCUGACUGCACCCCAGGACAGAUGCCAAUUUCACAUUCCCCCAAAACAACCACUGCCUUGUCUUUCCGCUGCUUUGCUUAAAACCACCCUGCGCCUUUUGUUGCGAUAGGUAGCUUUAGAGGUAGCAAAGUUUCCCCGCGAUGGACUCAAAGCGAGAUAAAGACCAAGAUGCAGACUGUGAGAAGAUAACUGCUGUGCUGCUCAAGUCGCGUACAGGGGAGUUUGAUUUGGAGUCAAUACUGUUUCUCAAAUUAAGGGGACUUGGAAUACAUGAUCUCGGCUGCAUCGGGGAGUGUAUGAAUUUAGAGAAACUGGACCUGUCUGGAAAUAACAUCUCAAAUUUAGCUCCUCUAGCAUCUCUUCGGCUCCUCUCCGUACUCUGUUUGUCAUCCAACAGGAUUUCCAAUUUAGAUCCUCUGCGCAGUUGUGAAAGUUUACAGCACUUAAACUUGGCUGGUAAUAACAUAUCCAGCACUGAGAACCUACACAGCCUUCAGUCUUUGAGAAAGCUAGAAAAUAUACGUCUUAAAGACAACACCUACAAUUACACUAACCCAGUGUGCAGGAACCCAGCUUAUAGAAACAUAGUUCUUGAGAUGUUUCCUAACAUCAAGGUGCUGGAUGGAGAAAGAGUGGUCGGACGUGGGAGUGAGUUGUACCAGUUAUGCAAAGACAUUGAUGAAACCAUCAAAGCUGGUUUAUACAAGAAUGGACAGCUUGUUGAACAUCCUGAUUGCAAACCGUGGGUGGAGGAUAAUUACUGGGAGAUAAAGAGAUCAAACAACGCCAUUAUUGAAGAAGCCUACAAACAGUUUAACGACGUUCUUCAUGAAUGCAGACUCCUCAACAACAGAGCCACUCACAUAAUUUCACAAACUGAAAGAUCUAUGAGCCUGAAGAAGCAGCCAAAGCAGUAUGCUAUCUAAGUUGGGCUGUUGUGAACUCAUUUGUUUUUGUUGUAUGACAUACCGUGGCUAAUGUACUGUAGGUUUCUCGAAUUACUAAGCUGCAUCCAAAUGCUUGUAUCAUUGCCAGUCACACGUGCUUUGUGUUGCAGUGUGAGGCAUUUGUUGGAAUUCUAUUUCAUCCUAUGCAUUGAGUAUCAGAUGAUACAUGUAAGUGGUUUGAAAACCUUUAUCCAUACUGACACCCCUCAGUUUGGCUCAAAGAUGUCUUUACUUGCACAGUGUGCAUUUUGUACCAUGUAGCCUGCAUUUAAGCCGAGAGCUAUGCUGCUUCAAGAUUUCUAGAAGAGCUUUUUUCCAUUUUGCAUUGCUGGAUAAUUGUGGGAGUUAAUGUGUCCCAUGCUGUGUGCUUUCUUUGUAAGUCGAACUUUUGCAACAAGUGAUUGAAUGAUUGUUUCAGCUGUUUCUAAUUGUUUUAUACCAUAAAGUUUAAAGUGUACAACCAA